AUGCCACGGCCGGUGGUGGCGCGCGAGUUCGUCGCAGAAAGCAACAAGCCGAAGAGACACCCCAAGCCUGCCAAGAAACACGACACCCCCGCGCCACCUCCUUCGCCGCACCACCAGCACACGGCGCAACCGCCCAACUCGAACUUGUCCGCCGAUGCUCCUGGCGCCGCGGCAAUGCCGUGCAGCAAACUCGACCCAACGACGCCACACAAGUAUGCCGAGUAUCCGCUGAACGCACUUGAAGGAGACAACAAAGAGCUCAUCGCAUUCAACUACUCGUCGCACGGAACUGUGGCGUGGUCGUUCCUCGUCGACAACGAUUUCUUCAGUGACACUUGCGGCAUGAAGAUCCUUGUGUCCUAUGUAAGCAACGACGGCGACUUGGCGCAGCUGGACAAAUCCUGUCUGGAUGAGAUGCCCCCCCCCGCGCUGAGUCUCACGCCGCCGACUGACUACCAGUACAUCUAUCUGAAGACCGGAGAGUCGACGGGUCUGCGAGCGGAGUGUGCAACGUUCUCUGCGCCGCUGUGCUACCCUGGAAUUUGCGACUCCACGGAUUCCAAAAUCUCGGAGAUCGACAUCUUCGUGAAGCGAAUGUCCACUGUAGGUGGCAAUGCCGAAAACGCAAUCAAUGUGUGGAUUCUGGCGGGAGGUCCCGGCCGAACAUCCUAUUACCGAGAGCCGAUAGUGGUGGACCUGCACACGAAGCUCAAUGAGAUGGUGAACGUCUACACCGUGGACCACCGCGGUACUGGACGCAGCACGAUGCUCGACUGUGUGGCGGCUCAAACUCUGAUGGCUGGUUCUCCAAAAGGCAGGGAUAUCGACCCCACCGAAGUGGCUGCGUGUGCGAAAGCUCUGGAGUUCAAGUACACCGACUUGGCAGCUUUCUCCAUCACCAGCGCCGCUACUGACGUGGCAACUUUCAUCUCGAAACACACGAAUGGAGCCAGCACGAUUGUGUACGGAGUGACGGGGUAUGUUAUGGACGGUAUCGCCGCAGCGUCAGGAGCAUCAGCGGACAAGCUCGAGUAUUUUUCGAAGUAUGAAAAAGACUACGACGACGUUGGUGGUCAUUUCAUGGAGCUAUGUACCCAGGACAGCGUAUGCCGCUCCCAUUUUGCGAAGAAAAAUCUGCCAGACACGCUUGAAGACGUGCUCACUCAGUUUGAUACGCACCCCAACUCGACUUGCGCUACACUGGUGGGCAACAACGGCAGUAGCUGGCUCGACGCGAAGGCAUCGUUCAAGCUGCGAGCGACUCUCGGAUUAAUGCUUGGUUCUCAAGAGCCCCGGACACUGAUCCCACCGAUUGUUUACAUACUGAAUCACUGCUCCUCCGAUGACAUCGACGUCCUGAACAACUUUUUUGAUGUUAUGAGCGGCGGAUCUGCAGCCACGACUCAAGCCGAGGCAUAUAAUUCGAAUCUGCUGUACUACCUCAUCAUGUUCUCGGAGAUGUGGGAACUUCCUGCGCCAUCGGUUGCUGAGAUGACCGCUCGAUUUGCCAGUACCAAGCUUUCGUUGGGACUCAAAGAUUACGAAGCCAAUGCGAUAUUGUACGAGCGCGACCAGCAUUGGAACAAGAGCACCACGAUCCCCAGUCAAGCUAGCGUGCUACUACUGAGCGGUACACUGGACCCGAAGACAGCACACAAGUAUGCCGAAUAUCUGCUGGAUGUACUGGAGGGAGACAACAAAGAGCUGGUCACGUUCGACUACCCAACCCACGGGACUGUCUCGACCACGUUUCUCUCCGACAGCGAUGACUCGACCGAUACUUGCGGUAUGAGCAUCUUUGCAUCGUACGUGAGCAGUGGCGGAGACCUCCAGCGACUGGGUAAGGCGUGUCUGGACGAGAUGUCAGCCUUGAAUCUGACCCCACCAAUCGACUAUCAGUGCACUUACCUGAGUACGAAAGACGCUUACGACGGUGCUUUCGACGCAGGUUUGAGCCAGUAG